AUGUCACUCGAUAAAUACCUUGAGACUGAAGAGUCGCCGGCCAUGGCCGAGGCCGGUCAGACCAAACCAAUCCGACUCAGUCCAUCUGGGAACCCUCUAUACCCAGCAGUGACGGAAGAUCCCCUAGACCCUCUGAACUGGAAUUUUGUUCAAAAAUAUACCUGCAUUGUGAUUGCAUGCUUUGCGUACUGCCUACUCACCUAUUUCACCACCGCACCAGUCCCGUCCUUUACUGAGCUCCAAGUCCAAUUCGACACCACGUAUACAAAAGUGAAUUGGUCCUUUGCAGUGCCAUGUCUCGGUCUUGCUAUCGGUCCGCUUAUUACUUCGUCCUUGGCUGAGACCUAUGGACGUCGUAUUGUGUUGAUUGCCAGCACCGCCGUUGCGGUCGUGGCGAGCGGCUGUACAUCGCUCCAUGGUAACUCUCUUUCGGGAUACAUGGCUGCACGCUUUUUCCAGGGACUGGGUGCCGGUCCGUCUGCCAAUAUUGGGCUAACGGUUAUCAAUGAUUUGUCUUUCGAGCAUGAGAGGGGCUUCCGCGUUGGUCUGUGGGCGAUGUCUGCUAAUAUUGGGACAGUGCUUGGAGCCGUGGGUAUGCAUGAGAGAACAGAACCCGGCUCAACGGAGUAUACUGACUGUUUACAGUGGGGGGCUUCCUGGCUUCUGUCUCACAGUAUUGGAUUAGCUAUCAUGUUACUAUCCUCUUCGGGGUCUUGCUUGUCUGCGAAUGUCUCUUUCUCCCAGAGACUCAUUAUCCACGUGUGGUGGUUUUGGAGUAUGAAACAGGCUUAG